UCAGUCUUGCACUGGUGUACCGGCUCCUCCCCUUCAGUCUUGCACUGGUGUACCGGCUCCUCCCCUCCAGUCUUGCAUAGGUGUUACAGCUCCUCCCCUUCAGUCUUGCACAGGUGUACCGGCUCCUCCCCUUCAGUCUUGCACAGGUGUACCGACUCCUCCCCUCCAGUCUUGCACAGGUGUACCGGCUCCUCCCCUCCAGUCUUGCACAGGUGUCCCCGGCUCCUCCCCUCCAGUCUUGCACAGGUGUCCCGGCUCCUCCCCUCCAGUCUUGCACAGGUGUCCCGGCUCCUCCCCUCCAGUCUUGCACAGGUGUCCCGGCUCCUCCCCUCCAGUCUUGCACAGGUGUCCCGGCUCCUCCCCUCCAGUCUUGCACAGGUGUCCCGGCUCCUCCCCCUCCAGUCUUGCACAGGUGUCCCGGCUCCUCCCCUCCAGUCUUGCACAGGUGUCCCGGCUCCUCCCCUCCAGUCUUGCACAGGUGUACCGGCUCCUCCCCUCCAGUCUUGCACAGGUGUCCCGGCUCCUCCCCUCCAGUCUUGCACAGGUGUCCCGGCUCCUCCCCUUCAGUCUUGCACAGGUGUCCCGGCUCCUCCC